UCGUACGAUAAUGGCGACGCCGACAAAACAACAACUACGCAAACGAGAUCUCGAGGAAAAACUAGGCUUAAACGAAAACAAUAUCAUAAAAUCAGGCUUCGAUCAAGAAACAAUCAGUAUUGUUUGGGAUAUAGUGAACAAGAAAUACGACGGUCUACGCGCUCAUCCUUCGAUCAAUCAAGACGAGAACACUUGGCCUGACUGGGUGUUCUUUCUUGUCGUACAUAACAUUCAUGCAGCAAUAUGGGCGAUUGAGGAAAAGCAUUUGAGAACAGUUGAAAUGAUUAAUCAAGAUUUUCUUACCCCUUACGACAUUGCCAAAUGUGUAAAGAGAAACUCCAUCGUACAUCGUUUUCACGUUGUAAUACGAACAGACAGACGGUAUUAUGUACAAACAGACGAGUUGAAUUUCCAAAGAAAGGAUCCAGAAUUCGAUAUAUGCCUGUAUGUUGGCCCGCUUAACUUAUCUCUUUUAGGAAUCCGAGUUAUAAUGGCAAUGAUUGCAAAACAGAACUAUCUGUUGCUUCAGAGUGAUUGUCUACAAUAUUGUAAGGAUUUUGUGAUGGUAUAUUUUGAUUUGAUGGAAGAAGAAUUAAGUCCGGAGCACGUUAAAAUUUUGGAGGGGCUGACAGUUACAACAAAUGCAUUGUCUGCUGCCAGUGAACGAAGCAGUCGACAAAAUCCCACCGCAGUUGGGAAGUAAUCACUGAUUUUACAAGCAAUUUGAACUUUUGGAUAGGUUUCUUAUCCGUAGGUCGAAAAAGUUCCUUUAAUUAGGCAAUUUUGUCGGUGUUAGUCUUUCUGUAAUCAAUUGCAAUAAGUGGACGAAACAUUUUAAAAUCAAUUCCUCAGUAGAUAUAAUAAAAUUGAGAUUUUUGCGCACAUACGGUAAUACAGAAGACAUUUUUAGUGACACAGUUUUCAAUAUCACACUUUAAUUUCAUAAAGAAGAAAUACUCAGAUACAAUCAACAAAGUAAUAAUAAUGUAAAAAUUUUGUCACGUAUAUGUAUGCUCCCUUGAAAAUUCAAGAUAAUUUUGUAUGGUGAUAAUGUCGCCAUUAUAAAACUCUGCAUUUAUUCAUUUAUUUUAUUUUGUGGUUGUUGCCUACAUUGCACUUAAUCUAGUCUAAACUAGAUUACUUAAUUUGAGCUGAAAACGCACAACAUUGACAGUGGAUUCUAAUUACACAAACAAUAGUUCUACACAAAUAUAUAUCCAGAUAAUAAUUACUGCUACGAUACACUAUAUACAUUUUCACCACAAUCUACAGAUAAUUUAUAAGCAUGUUAAAUAUAAAAACUACACGAUAUAUAUCAUUAAAAACUACUAUUGUAUGUAUAUACAUGCACUUCGUUCA